AUGAGAGUGCUGAAUUCUUCACCUUCAAACAAUCCAGGCACUUCAGCGUUUGCCAACAACGUGUUCAUCCUCUCCAGGAACUCAGUUUCCAAAAUCGAAGACUCGUCGAUAAUAAAACAAACUUUAGUUCCUUCAGCAGCACGGCAGCCCGUUGAUCCAGGCCACAAACUUUGCAAGGGUUGUCUUUCCACUUCCACUUGGACCAACUAG